AUGGUGCAUCCACGACUAUGGUGGGCUCCACUAGCUCUCACGACUCUGCUUUGGACCGCUCCAACUGUUGCAUCCGACGACAGGAAUUGCUAUAAUCCCGAUGGCUCUCAAGCCGCGGACGACGUGCCCUGCACAUCCGACGACACGACCUUCUGUUGCAACAAGAAGGAUCUGUGCAUGUCUAAUGGAUUAUGCUAUAUGCAGCGCAACUCCGGGCUCGCUCUAUCGCGCGCGAGCUGCACCGACCAGAGCUGGGAUUCAUGUGAUGACUACAAAUACUGCUGUGAGUUAUGCUGCAGCCCCGGCUUGCCUUAA